AUGUCACCCUUUCUCUCUGAUGCAGACACAGAGAAAUCCCAGCAGAACCAGCUGGAUGAGUCCAGCGCUGAGGACGGCUCCCUGAAGAAGAAGCAGAGGAGGCAGAGGACUCACUUCACCAGCCAGCAGCUGCAGGAGCUGGAGGCCACCUUCCAGAGGAACCGCUACCCCGACAUGAGUACCAGGGAGGAGAUCGCAGUGUGGACCAACCUCACAGAGGCCCGGGUCAGGCGCGCGGCCGUGUCUCGAGCAGCGGCGCCGGCGCGCUUUUUCUCUCCAUCAAACCCAGAGAAGGGCACCAAAGGCGAGAAGACACGCGCAUCCGUCCUUCCAGGUCCUGAAGGAGCGCUGUUCCAGCACUCGGUGGAGACUCCCCUGCUGAGAUCUGAACUUUUGAAAGACCUGAGGUUGGAGUGUCCCACCCGCUCUCUCAGUUUGGACGCCCCAAAAGGAGUUCAUCUCAAAGCGUUGGCUGGAAACAUCGAAGCUGCUUCCAACAUGGACAUCCUCCUGCAGUCUAGUAUAGGAAUGCUGGUGCUCGAUGCGGAGAUGGUGCGGAUGCCGCGCCUGCCCCUGAGCGAAGAAGGGGUCUCUGGAAACGCUCAGGGUCUGUUAGAGGUCUGCGUGUGUCCCAGCGGAAAGCUCUUCCUGUCCAAGGCCGGGGUCACCUCCACUUGCAGCGAGAAUCAGGAGUGCUAAAAAGACUCUGACAAGGUAAUCGAUUCUCCAUCUCUCUGUAGAUGCAUCUUCUGGGAGGCAACAAGCACAACUGUUUAUAUCUGGCCUGAUAUUUUUUUUAUUAUCUUUGUACCACACUGGGUCUGUUCUGAUCUCCCACUGGUGCAUCCAGGCCGGUAAAAAUACAAAUGCCUUCUGGCGUACAUGUUGGAGUUGUCAUGAAACGCAUCCUUUUAGUUGCUUUUAUGACCUUCUAACCAUUCAGCUGAAACAAAUUGGCACUCGGUUCCAAAUGUGUCUGCAUCAGAGCUUUGUGGAGGAUCUUUAACACGCACAGUAUCAUGGCUGGGCAAUGAGGAGCUGGAAACAGCUUACAUCCUAUGCAAUAUUAUCUUGUGGUGCAAUAAAUACACACACAUAUCAAAGGCUUGGAUUAAUCAAAAAAUACAUCUCAAAAGCAGAAUAUUUAUUUUGCUUUAUGUGCCCUUUUGGCUCCAAGCCCUUGGUAUGUGGUGUGUUUGACUUGUUGUUUAGCAUGUUUUUGUUUAAUUAGAGUACAUAUUUUGUCACUUCAGAGAUGGAUUUUAUCUUUUUUUGUUUGUUUUUUGUAAUCUGGAAACAACACGAGUUAUUCAUAUGGUUUAGAUUAAAACCAUGUGUUUAGAUUAAUGAAGUGUUACUCGGUAUGUGUCACGUGUGUAAUUGUUUUUGUUCUUUAGUUAAAGUAUGUGUGUAUGGCCUGUAAUUAUUCUUUUAAGCCCAACCCUUAAGCGUACGGUGGCCGACGGGUGCAAAUGCUUUACGUAACGACCCAACACAUUUCCAUUAGGAGAAAUACACUGCAGCUUCAGAAACGAUGACGAACACACACAGCAGUUACUAAAAGUGCUGCUUAAAUGAAACAAAUAUAAAACGCUGCAAGAAGCUCAAAACAAACCAGGGGACAUUAUAAAGUUGACAGUUGACCAACUUUCUAAUCCCUGAAUGGCAACAAGCGCUCGGGUCCCAUGCCUCACUUUUUAUUGUCCCUGUUAGAAGUGUUUUGGGCCUCCGUAGCACGUUUGCACCAGUUGGCCACAAUAAGCAUGCUGUUAUGCUUUUAGCAAUAUCACAUGUUUUUAUUGCAGUAAACUGGUCUGAGUUUGUUCAGCACCUUCAAUACAGUCAAUUUAAUGCGAAUGAAAUCUGUAGAUUAUAUGAUUCUGAAUGGAGAAAUAACGGGAUUAUUUUUUACGUAAUAUGUCAGGUGACAUUCGCAUCUGUAAAAUCAGGAAUAAAAAGGGCAAUAUUUUUAAAUGAUCCAAACAUUCAUCAAUGAAUCUGCACCACUGUUUUUAAAAUAUUAUCUCAUUGUGUCGUGUUAUCAUUGUCAGUAUUAUGUAGAAGAUCAUUUGCAGUUUUCCCAGGUGUUCUGACAUAUUUUAUAAGUGUGUAAAGUGUAUUUAUUAUUUUUGUAUGUUGAAUAAACUUUGUGCUAUUCUUCUA